AUGGUUGUGAUUGGUGAAGCCAAAUCUGGCAAAACACUAAGCAGCGUAAUUGCUGUUGUUAGUUCAAUAAUCAGACAACUGCAACUCGAUCUUUUUAUGCCGAAGACUUACGGACCAAAAGCAAUUCAUUUGUGUUGCUACUCAUCUGAUGUGAGAGAUGUCAAUGGAAUGUACACAAGUCUGUUGGACGGUCCUGAUCCAGACAAUGUAGUUUCAAUGGCCUGUGGUGCCAUGAGUCUGGAAGCAGCCAAGGCUGUCAUUGAAGGAUGUGAUAUCCUGAUUACUACUCCCUCUUGUCUGGUGCGCAUAUUAGAAUCAAUGCAAAAAACCGAGCUGACACGAUUGAGGCACAUUGUCUUCGAUGAUGCUGAUGUAAUAUUCAAUGUCUUCCCAAAUGAAGUCGAGACGAUACAGCAAAUAGGCCAAGCAAAUACUGAAAUUCAGACAAUUAUUUUAAGUAAAAAAUGGAAGGGUAACUUUAUGCAUACAAUGCAUAAUGAUGCAUACUCUGUGUAUGUGUCAAGUAGGAACCAGCAAGAAUCAAUUUUUUACUCAAGAGCUAUAAUCAAUUUUGAAUUUUUCAAGCCAGGACACAAGAAUGAGUGUCUCAGAGCUCUUUUCAUGGAUACGGACUCUUAUCAGAGAUCCGUAGUAUUCUGUAAGAACUCCGAUCAAAUAAUUUAUCUCCAGGAAAAGUUGGAAGACAUUCCAACAAUAAACCUACUGGUUGUUCAUGAUGAGAUGUCUGUACUUGAAGUGUCAGAUGUAGGAAAGGAAUGGAGGAAUUCUUCACUUAAUCCAGUUCUUCUAUGUACGGAUGGUUUGGUAUUUUCGGAAUUGCGACUAACCAGUUGUACCCGGCUGAUUCACUACAGCCUCCCCACUCAAGAUGACACUUUCAGUCAUAGAUUUGGGUGUCAGAUGAAGUCAUACAGAAAUAUAUUCCUGUAUGAAGAGGAAAAUAAAGAGGCUCCAAGAAUUGAUAUUUUAAUUGACAAGACGAACGAUGAACCGUCUCCAAUGAUCGUCAACCUCAUGAACCGAGUGAAGGUUCAUCCAGUCAUGAAUGAGGUUGAGCAGCGCCUUGUGAGAAGGAAAGACAUAUCGAGAAAACAUGCGCCUGUAUGUCAUCUAUUGUGUAAAUUUGGAGUUUGCAUGGAACAAAAGGAUGCUUGUCUCCACAGACACAUUUUUAUUAAAUGUGUAGAUGAUGUAGAUGAUUACGAAAAAUUAUUGAAAACUCCAGAGUAA